AUGGAUCCGAACGUGGCGGCGUGCGUGUGCGCGCUGCUGCUGGCGUCCGUCGGGCUGCUGGCGCAGCGGGCCGGCUGCCAGCACUACUACCUCCUGCGGCCCAUCCCCAGCGACACCCUGCCUCUGGUGGACUUAAGGGAGGACCCGGACCCCGCGCUGGACCCCCGGGAGCGGGACCUGAACGAGACGGAGCUGCGCGGCCUGCUGGGGGACUUCGACGGCCGCUUUCUGGCUCUGUCGCCGACGCCGACGCCGACGCCGAGCGGCGACGACGAGCCGCGCGAGGACGCCGAGCCGCUGCAGAAGUCCGGCGGCGCGGUGCCCAAGGAGAUCCGAGCGCCGGACUCGGACGGCCAGCUGCAGGGGAGGAGACACAUCAAGCCCAUCAGCAAGAAGCUGAAACGGCGCUUGCAGCAGUGGCUGCGGGCGUACUCCUUCUGCCCGGUCCGGUACUCCUGGAGCGACCUGGGCGCGCGCUUCUGGCCGCGGUACGUGCGCGCCGGCAGCUGCCCGGCCGAGCGCUCCUGCUCGCUCCCGGAGGGCAUGCUGUGCCAACCCGCCGCGUCCGCCCACCUCACCGUGCUCAGGUGGAGGUGCGCGCACCGGAAGGCGGGACUCAAAUGCGCGUGGAUCCCCGUGCGCUACCCCGUCAUCACGGACUGCAAAUGCGCGUGCGCCACAUAAGCGCAAAAGCUCCAUUUUCGCCACGCGCACGCGUACACGACGCAAAACUAAUUUGCUUGAAACGGUCGAGUGCGACUUCUCACCACGCCUGCGUUACCAGCUCGACCAAUCAGAAGAGCGCACGAGGAAAGCAAAUAAUCCCUUUAUUGAUUUUGAAUUGCAGA